AUGUUGCACACCAUCAUCACUGGGGCCCUUCUGAGCCUGGUGUCCAUUGUCGCAGGCGAAAUUAUGGUUUAUACACAGGAAACACCACCCAUAGUAAACCAAGAAUUCCGUGACAUGCCGGCGAGUUUUGGCGGCGACCUGCCUCCAGAGGGGCUGAGCGGGUUACUCGUGAAGGCUAAUCCUUCUAAUGGAUGCACCACACUUCAAAACCCGCCUACUGUCGAAAACUUUACUGGAAAGUGGAUUGUGCUUGUUGCGAGAUAUAACUGCAGCUUCGAGGUGAAGGUGCGCAAUGCUCAACUGGCGGGCUACGACUGUGUGAUCGUGCACAACGUUGCCUCUGAUGAACUAGAAACUAUGUCGGCCAAAGACUCGACUGGCAUUGUAAUACCAUCGGUCUUCGUCAGCGCCAAGGCGGGACUUAUAUUGGCAGAGCAAUGCCUCUAUGAUACGGGUUCCUAUAUAAUGGUGAACGGGGACCUGCCCUUCGACAUCAACACGCACCUGCUGCUACCCUUCGCGAUCAUCGUGGUGCUAUGUCUGCUUGUCAUACUCAUAUUUAUGAUAGUAAAAUGUAUAAGGGACCGUCGGCAAGCGCGGCGGCACCGCUUGCCGAGCCGCUCGCUCAAGAAGAUCCCCACGUGCAAGUUCAGAAAAGGCGACCCCUACGACACUUGCGCCAUCUGCCUCGAUGACUACCAGGAGGGGGAGAGGCUGCGGGUGCUGCCUUGUGCUCACGCGUACCACGCGCUGUGCAUCGACCCGUGGCUGACGCAGAACAAGCGCGUGUGCCCGGUGUGCAAGCGGCGCGUGUUCGUGGCGGGCGAGCGGCGCCACGUGCACCACGACUCCGACUCCAGCGACACAGAGCCGCUGCUCAACGAUGACUCCGCCACGCAGGGUGGUACAUUCGACGAGCAGCAAGAGAACCCGUUCAUGCGCGCCGCCCGGUUCAUGACCCGCCUGCGCAGGGACCCGCCGCCCCCCUCGCCGGAUCAAUCUCCUAGAGAAGACGUCGAUCAAUCAAUUAAUUCUAACGAAGACACAAGGGGUGAUGACGAUCGCCAGCCCCUGGUGCAGGCGGCCGUGGCUACCGUCAGCGAGCGCCGGCGCAGGCGCCGCGCGCGCUCCGCCAGCGCACGCGCCGCCGCGCGACACCCCGCCCCCGCGCCCGCCCCCGCGGACACGCCGCCGCUACUGCACUCCGACCGACACUCUAUCAACUACGAAGGCAGGGGAGAAAUAGGUGUCCCAGCGCUGACGGCCACUCCGCUGGCGACGUCCGCGCCGCAUCACGUCAACUUAUGA